AUGAAUCGUUGGCUGAUUGCUUUGCUAUUAGUGGUCCUCAACAUUGAGAUGUACGAAUGCAAUUGCUAUGAUAACUGGAGCCGCUGCACGCCUCAGACAAAGUUUGCAACGGGCAUACUGUGGAAAGAUUGUCCGGACUACUGCAAGAAAUGCAAGGGUCAACCUAGCGGUCAAUGUGUCCGUGUGCACAACAAAGUCUGCAGCGGCGGUUACCAAUGCCACUGUUCUGGUCCAGUGGGGAAGAAAUCAACGAAUCCACUCGAUAUAGCCACAUGCAAGCUUGGUCUAUGA